UGACUUACAGAUAUCAGUGGACACUGAGAUGUUACAGUCAAGGUUGAAAGGAACAGAAACUAACCUAAAUUAAAGAGGAUUUAGAACAUAUUUGGUGUUCUCAUGGCAAUGACGGCUCUCUAAGCUUUUGGGAAGUUGAGCUGGCACCUGGAAAAGUGUCAGUAACAGGGCUGUGUGUGUGUGUGUGUGCGCGCGUGUAUGUAACAUGAUCUCUGUUUUCUCUGUCCCAUUCUCUUUUUUCAUUGUGCACAUGACUUAAGAUGGUUGUUCUAGCCCUUACUAAACUUAACUUUUUACUUCAAAUGUCAAGUACCAUCUAUGAAGUCUCUCUGGUGUUUAGUUCAAACUAUCAAGAAUGAGAAUGAUCUUCAAACAGCCAAUAAAUUGGCUUUUUCUGAAUCAUCUUCGGACAGAGAAAGAGAGAGACCUGGUCACAAAAGUUCCAUGGCAUAAACACAGCUGUCCAGACCCAGCCCUUACAUAUUGCUUUGUGCCUGGCAGGUCCUAGGGAAGGGGAGUAACAUUUAGUUUUGAUUCUAAAUUAGUGUUGGAAAAGGUAUAUCUAGUUCUGCUAAACACUCUACCAUGUUUCCAUUUUCAUCCUGAUUUAUUUACAUUUAAGAACGCUUUUCUGCUUUAGAUGAUACUCAAGGAACAUUGCAAGGAUUAGAGUUCCUUAUUUUAUUUCCUGACUUUUCUCAUUUCAUUCUCUACCCAGAAUUGUAUUAAAAAUAAGUUCCCAUACUACUUCAGGGAAUACCAACAUACACAUGAAACUACUUUUCUCUGAGAUCAACUUAUCUCAGACAGAAUGGUUGACCAGCUCCAAGGAACAUGGAAGUCCGUUUCUUGUGAAAAUUUUGAAGAAUACUCGAAGGAGCUGGGUAUAGGAAGAGCCAGCAGGAAACUGGGCUGUUUGGCAAAACCCACUGUGACCAUCAGUACAGAUGGAGAUGUCAUCACAAUAAAAACCAAAAGCAUCUUUAAAAAUAGUGAGAUCUCCUUUAAGCUGGGAGAAGAGUUUGAGGAAAUCACACCAGGCGGCCACAAAACAAAGAGUAAAGUAACCCUAGAUAAGGAGUCCCUGAUUCAAGUUCGGAACUGGGAUGGCAAAGAAACCACCAUAACGAGAAAGCUGGUGGAUGGGAAAAUGGUGGUGGAAAGCGCUGUGAACAGUGUUAUCUGUACACGAACAUAUGAGAAAGUAUCAUCAAAUUCAGUCUCAAACUCUUAAGGCUUUCUCAAGCUGUCCUGCAAACUACUGAGGUUGUUUAAAUAAAACUCCAAAGUAAAAUAUUAAAA